AUGGAAGGAUAUAAGAGCUGUAGAGUUAUUAUUGGGAAUGAAGCAAGAGUGAUUCCGGAAGAAGAGAGAGCAAUUCCGGAGCUCACACAUGAGUGGAAGGCUUAUGUUAAGGCGCCGCCUGAGAUAGUAAAAAAGGUUGAAUUUAAGCUCCAUGAAUCUUUUAGUAAUAGGCUGGUGAGUAAAGAACACCCAUUUGAAGUUGUAGAGAGAGGAUGGGGUGAGUUUAGCAUCCAAAUGAAGAUUCUUUUAUUCAACGGGGAGAAAAUAACAACUAGCCACUUCUUACAGCUCCAUGGGGACUCAGAUGUAAUCAUAAACGAAAGAAUUGAUGAGAUUGUAUUUAAAGGGAAUGGGAGUGAAAGCAUAGCCUUGGAAGAAGAAGAAGAGGCGGAAUAUGAAAGAAUUGAGGCAGGAUUAGUGAGUAUGUUAGAGAAGUUCAAAGAAAUUAAUGAGUAG